AGUCUAGCGGUGCUUCGGAAAGCGCACUAUAUAUCCUCUUAGUAUUAACCAGACACAGGCACACAACACAACAUGUCUCUGGAACGCCAAGUCCGCGCCAAGCUCGCUUCCAAGCGCAACCCUGAACAAGAGCAGGAGUGCCAGCAAUGGAUUGAAACAGUCCUUGGUGCCAAAUUCCCCCCCGGUGAGGCUUUUGAGGAUGUCCUGAAGGACGGCACUGUCCUCUGCCAGCUUAUUAAUAAGCUGAAGCCUGGUUCCGUUCCCAAAAUCAAUACUUCUGGUGGACAGUUCAAGAUGAUGGAAAACAUCACCAACUUCCAAGCAGCCAUUAAAGCGUAUGGAGUGGUAGACAUCGAUGUAUUCCAGACUGUCGAUCUCUGGGAGAAGAAAGACAUCGCGCAAGUAGUUAGCACGCUGUUUGCUCUGGGUCGUGAGACCUACAGGCACGCUGAGUGGAGUGGACCAUACCUCGGCCCCAAGCCCGCUGAUGAGUGCAAGCGUGACUUCUCCGAGGAAGUGCUGAAGGCUGGUCAGACCGUUAUCGGAUUACAGGCUGGUUCUAACAAGGGUGCCACCCAGGCUGGUCAGAACUUAGGUGCUGGCCGCAAGAUUCUCUUGGGCAAGUGAACUACUCGCCACUCCAUACGCCAAGUGAUAUUAAUUUGUAAGAAUUUUGUACAAAACAAGUGCGGACGCUGUAUGAGAGACUAUAAGCCUAGCCUAGCCAACAUAUGAAACCUUUGAAGUGAUUAUGCAUUAGAUAUUUAGUUUCAUUUAACGUGAAAAUCCUUACGUGUCUGUAAACAUUAUUUUGUGGUUAUAGAUGUCUCAUUGUCUUAUUGUUCCAUGUAGCGCCAUAUGAUUUUGUACGUAUCUAAGUAUUUAGGAUAAGUGAAAAUAUUUAUUUCCAUUUUAUUACCUUUUUAUAAUAAAAUGUAUGGUAUAUAA